AUGAUUACAUUUUGGAGAAUACGAUUUCUCUUUCGAAUCCUUCGACUCAUCCAUUGUCCAUAUCAGUGUGAUGAUUGCAUUGGUCGUCGUCGAACAAUAUCAUCUGUACCUAAUUGUGAAAACAUUGAACGUUUACCAUGUUUACCAUCAAUAUUAGAUCGACGUGGUCUCUGUGGUCUUCAAAAUCUCGGUAAUACAUGCUUUAUGAACAGUGCUAUACAAUGUUUGAGUAAUGUUCCACAGCUGAAAAACUUCUUUCUAUCCAAUGGUUGGCAAAAACAGAUCAAUGAUAAAAAUCUAUUGGGUACUCAAGGACAAGUGGCUAAAGUUUAUGGUGAACUUAUGUCUGACAUGUGGUUAGCGAAUAAAAAUAGUAUAAUACUACAACAACUAGAGAGAAGUAUGGCCAACUUUGCUGAAAUAUUCACUGGAUUUGCUCAACAAGAUACACAUGAAUUUAUGCAUUUUCUUUUGGAUGCACUUCAUGAAGAUUUGAAGGAUGACAAUAGUGAUUUGUCACCAAUAUCGAAAAUUUUUCAUGGUUGA